AGUUGCCCGUGGUUAGAACGGCCGUCUCCAGACUGUCUCCUCUGCUCUCUCCUCUGUCCUCGACUAUCGCUCCUGCAGUAGACUGCGCGCGCAGUCUCGUCUGCGCACACGGCAGAGCUAUAGUUCGCACCGCACACGGCUGCAGAAACUGCCCGCGGGUUAUUGCGCAAUAUAUUCGGAGGCGCCCAGUGAAUCGGUCGCGCGUCCGUCCCGUCGCGUCGACCCCGCGGGGCCGAUGGCCAAGCGCGCGCGCGGCGGCGCGGCGCCCUCGUCCCCGCUGCUGCUCUCCGUGCUGCUGCUGUGCGCUCGGGCCGCCCGAGACGGCCGCGCCGCCGAGGUGCCGCCGCCGCCGCCGCCUCCGCCCGUGCACUGCGAGGAGUGCGACUCGCGCGCCCUCUCGGCGUGCGUCACGCCGGCGGGCUGCGAGCUCGUCAAGGAGCCCGGCUGCGGCUGCUGCCUCACCUGCGCCCGCCUGCCCGGGCAGCCGUGCGGCGUCUACACGGAGCGCUGCGGCGCCGGUCAGCUGUGCAGCCCGGCCCCCGGGGAGAUCCGUCCGCUCCAGGCGCUGCUCGAGGGACGCGGCUUGUGCAGGAACGCGAGCCUCGAGGCGCAGCAGCCGGCCUCGGCCACCGAGGCCACGCAGGACCCCGAGGGUCCGUGGAGCGCCGAGGCGGAGCCCACGAGCCCCGAGCCGCCGCCGGGCGACUCGCUGAGCCGCAGCCGCAUCAACAACGAGCGCGAGCGGCAGAAGCUGCUGCAGGGCACGCCGCAGCGCCACCGGGAGCGCUUGGUGCAGGGCGCCCCCGAGAGGGGCAGCGUGGGCUUCGCGGUCGCCGCGGGAGGGCCCCGACUCCAGCAACAAGGCCCCUGUCGCAAGCUAAUGGACAACAUACUUGAAAACCUCAAAACGGCCACACGCCCAACUCUCAAAGGAGUCCGCAUUCCGAACUGUGACAGACGCGGCUUUUUCAAGAAGAAACAGUGCAACCCUUCGCGUGGCCGGCACCGCGGGAUCUGCUGGUGCGUGGAUAAGUAUGGGACGCACCAACCGGGUUCCGAGUCCCAAAAGGGGGACGUGCACUGCCCCAACAUCGAGGGCGACUGAGGCCCCCUCCGUGAGACCCCCCCCCCGACACCCGGCCAUUUGUUUCUGAGCGUCCUUCUUCCUCGUCGUUCCAUCAUUAGUUGGUGUUGAAAUGGAAAGAAAGUGUCUCCGUUUGUUUCUCCUUAAUCCUCCUGCAUUAGAGAAGUGGCUUUGUUUUUUUCGCUGUAGUUUAAAAGCGACGGUAAAAAAAAUCAAAAUCCAUUCCAUGCUUAUUGUGGAGAAUACGCGGGGGAGGGAGGGGGGAUAUUUGUGACUCUGGGUCAAUUGCACUGCCUCGCUGGGCGGGGAACGUGGGCCGUGCAGGGACGGAUGGCUGCCCGCGGGUGAGCGCUGCGGGGCCUGGCUGUUGGGAGCUGGGAUGGCAACUCCCGAGACUGCCCACCUACUGUUCAAGCAGUGCAUUCGUUGUGAAGUGUUCCGUGGUCGUUGUCCGGUGUUUGUGAGAGGGACGUGCGCGCCGAGAGCUAUGGUGAGAGGGGACGUGCGAUGAUCGAGGGUGACUUGUGUAUGUAAUACGAACCAGUUAAUAUCUAAAUAUUCAAAGGCAGAUUUCACUGGUCAAAAUAAAAAAAAACACAUGUAUUUACUUGGCAUGCCAUUGUUAGAAACGUAAAGAUGUACGGAUACAUUUUUUUUUAUAACUUAAAGUUUUCAGUUAAGCUACAUAAACCAUAGUUAUUUCAGUGUAAUCAUGAAGAGCUGAGCGAGAUGUUGAGUUUUUGUCAAAGCAACACUCUGGAUGGGCCUCCCAUUGCACUGUGGCGACGGCACAAUCUCGCUUGCGUCCGUUGAGACUCUGCCGAGAUGGCGAGGGGAGGCCGAUGACGAGCGGCGGCACGUCUUCGUUUCUCUUGCGACCUCCGCCGCUUAGACGCAAACUUUCCGCUCGGCCAGAUUUAAGUGGGCACCUUGUGGCAAUUUUAAACUGCAGCGAUCUCACUUCCUGCCUCCUGGGUGCAGGGGGUGGGUGGGGUAGUGACUAAUGCGAAGGAGGUUCGUGUGUGUGCGUGCGCGCGCGUGUGUGCGUGCGCACCAGUGCAGACUCGUGCCAAGGCUUGCGUGUGCGUGUGUGCAUCGGUGUGUGUUGCGUGCACACACACACCGAUGCGAUUUAAACAAUUUUGGCGGAGCUCAUUCGCAGCACACAAAUCUAACAAAGAGAUGCAACUCUGUGGAUUAUUUUUUUACAUUUUCCCUCUCCGUCAACCCCUGUACCCCCAUCCCUCCUCCUCAUGCAUAAAACUGAAUGACGACUUCCGCUAUUUAUGUUAUUUUGUAAUUUAAAACGUUGGUGUAUUCAUUUGUUUUUUUGGUCACAUUGUCAUAUCAUGUACAGGGAUGGCACCAUGUCAUUCAGGGUCCCAAGGAUUUGUUUUACAGCUGGGAUUCCAGUUUCACAAUCCUUUCAGCAUGCAAGGAACAGCCUUGUGCCAUCCCUGGUGUAUUUAAGUUGUCAUGCAUAAGUGAAUAAAAUAUUUAGUAAUA